AUGAAGGCGAACAGCAGAGUUGUGGUGCAGGUGUUGUUGUUGGCACUGGUGGCCCAGGUCACUCUGUGCCAGCACUGGUCCUAUGGAUGGCUACCAGGUGGAAAGAGAAGCGUGGGAGAGCUCGAGGCGACCAUCAGGAUGAUGGGCACAGGAGGAGUGGUGUCUUAUCCCGAAGAGGCGAGCGCCCAGACCCUAGAGAGACUUAGGCCAUACAACAUUAAUGAGGAUUCCAGUAAUUUUGACUGGAAAGUUUGGAAAAAGGCUCUGGAAUGAACACGGGACAACAAAAAAGGAAGAU